CCUCGCCUUGCUCCUCCCCAGCCCCGCAUCACCUGGAAGCCCCUCAGGAGAAGCCCCCGGGAUGGCCGGGAAGGACGAGAAGGAUGGAAAGGAGGGAAGCACGGACGGCUGGGCCGGCAUCGAGGAGCGCCUGGAGAAGAUUCGGGAGAGCCUCCGGAGCCGCUCCUCGCCGCCCUCCCGCCGCGUCCAGCACUGCGACCGCGCCCUGCGCACCUGCGUGGAGCAGCUGGCCCUGCCCGGCGGGCUGCUAGCCCAGGGCUGCCAGCUCCUCACCCUGGCCCAGGAGGCCACCCACACCUACCUGAGCCUGGUCCCCGACCCCCCUCACCUGUACCUGGAGAAAAUCCUGUUCCACGUGCUGCGCAACGCCGCGGGCUGGCUGGGCCCGCACGCCUGGAGCGCGGCCGAGCUGCUGCGGGCGCGGCUGCGGCGCUGCCCCCGCCGCGGCGACUGGGCCGCCGUCACCCGCGGCGCCUUCAGCGUCCUCUGGAGGGCUGCACCCUCUCUGGCCGGGCCUGAGCGGCCUCGGGAGGAGGGCAGGGCGGUGCUGACCGCCAGGAUGCGCGCCCUGCAGUUCCUGCUGCUGCUGGAAUGCCAGGAUGGAGAAUCCCGCGAAUCUUUCCAACCUCCUUUUUUCACCUCGCACACCGCCCAGCACGCCGCGGCCGCUGCCGCUCUCUACGAGGCUCAGAGAGCUCCAUGCCCGCUUUUCCUGGCCAGGCAGCUCAGGGAAUUGCUGCUGGACACGCUGCAGGGUGAAGCUCCCCACCUGCAGCACUCCCUGUGCCACCUGGAGCUCACCCUGGAGCGCUGCCGCCACCUUUGCAAAGCGCGGCGCCACCGCGACGCUCUGGACGCCCUAGAAGAUUCCAGAAGGUUUUCAGGAGCUGGGAAUUCUCUGGGAGCUCCUCUGGAGGUGCUGGAGGCCGGGAUCCAGCUGAGCAGGGCGGUGGCCAAAGGUGGGGCCGGAGUUCAGGGCGUGGGGCCGGCGCUGUGCCGGGCGGGAGCGGCGCUGCGGGCGGAAUGUUCCGGAAGGAUCCUGCGGGUGCUGCUGGAAUGUUCCCAGUUCGUGCUGGCCCAGCUCGGGGAGGUGCUCAGGAGGAGCCAGGAGCUGCCCCUCGGCUUCCAGGAGCUCCCUGGUGUUUGUGGGUUCUGCCAGGGCCACGGGCGGGCGCUGCGGCGGCUGCUGGCACAGGUCCCCCCUGACUCCACCAAGGAGCAGCUGAUGGUGAAGCAGCUGCUGUUCCACAGCCUGCAGCUCUUCUCCAACGCCAUCCACGAGAUAUUCCAACAUUGCCAGCCCUCGGAGUGGCCGGAGCUGGCGCAGGUGACCACGAGCUGUGUCCGGAGCGUCACCUGGAUGCUGGAGGGGCUGGAGGGGCUGCCCGAGGCUGAGGGGGGCAAAUUCCUCGAUGUCACCGCUGCAGCUGCCUUCCGCCUGGGCCAGGCCUUCCAGAGCCGGAACCUUCCGGAAGCGGCCGGAGCCGUGUGCGAGCCCCUGUGCCGGGCGGUGCUGGCCGGACACGGCUACGGCCGGCCUGGAGUGACCCCCGAGAGGCUCCACAGGUGUUUCCGGCUGCAGGUGGAGAGCUGGCGCUGCCGGGGCCGGCACGGCCGCGCCAUGGACGCCGUGGCACAGUGGCUGCUGGCCCUGGGGACACGCCUGGGCUCCCUGGUGGCCGAGCCCGUGGCGCUCUGGGCCCGGAUCAAGGUGGAGGCGGCAAAACAGGGAGAGGAGGAGCUGAGGCUGAGGACCCUGCGGGACGCUCUGGAAUCCCAAUCCCAGUCCCAAUCCCUGCCUGGGGACGCCCUGGUGGCCCUGCUGCUGGCAGAGCUGCAGGCCUACAAAUCCCUGCGGGGCCCCACGGCCUCGGAGCGCUACAGCGUCCUGUGUGACCUGCUGGAACUGGGGGACACCCUGGGAAUGGGGGAGAGCCCAGGAAUGGGGGAGACCCCAGGAAUGGGGGAAACUCCAGGAUUGGGGGAAACUCCAGGAUUGGGGGAGCCCGGCCGGAGCCUGGCCAGGGCGGUGGCGCUGCUGGAGCUGGCCCAGCUGCUCUGCAGCCACAGCUUCAGCCCCCACACUGACUGCUCUGCCCUGGAUGCCAUCCAGGAGUCCCUGGUGCUGCUGGAGUCGCUGUCCCACAAUUCCCAAGCCCAGAAUUCCCAAAUCCAGGCUCGGCUCCUGGACGAGCGCGCCCAGGCCCUGCUCUGGCUGCACAUCUGCACCCUCGAGGCCCUGGUGGAAAAGAGCGUGGCCCGGGAGCGCCGGGGGCGGCACCCGGAGCUGUCGGAGCCCCCCGAGGCGGGGCCGGGGGCGGGGUCCGAGCCCGAGGGGGAGCGGCCCCAGCCCGGGGAGGGGAUCCGGGCCAGCCUGGGCUCGGACUGCGCUCUGUGCCAGCCCCUGGAUGAAGCCUUUUCCCUGUGGGAGCAGCUGCUGGAGAAUCCUGGAAUUCCUGAGGUGCGCAGCCCCGAGCAGACCCUGAGCUCCCUGCAGCUCCUGGGCUCCCUCUACCAGCUCCAGAACAAGCCCCUGCAGGCCCUGCAGAGUUUGCGGCUGCUGCGAGCGCUGUGCCUGAGGCUGGGGGAUCCCCUGGGGGCUGCCAGAGCCCUGAGCCAGCUGUGCAGGCUGCUGCUGCAGCUGGGCUGCCCUGCCCAGGCCCAGAUGUUCCUGGAGGAGUUGGAAUCAAACCUGGGGCGGGACGGGGACGCCGAGGAAUCGCGGCUGCUGCGGCACACGGGGCUGCUGCUGCAGAGCCACCUGUGCUGCCUCCAGAACCAGGUGGAGCAGGGCGUGUCCCUGCUGCUGCAGGCCCUGGGUGACCCCCAGUCCCUCAGAGCCACCCGGGGCUGGUUCCUGGCCCGGGCCCAGGGGCUGCAGCUCGUGGCCGCGUUCCUGGAGCUGCCCCCGGCGCGGCUGAAAGCGCCACUGAGGGAGCUGAUCCAGCGGCAGGGCUGGAGCACCCCCCAGGUGGCCCUGCUGGAGGCCCAGAAGCUGCUCCGCAGCGUCCUCGUGUCCCUCAUGGGCAGCGACGUCCUGGGGAGCGCCCGGAGCCUGCAGGGGGAGGAGCCCGACAGCGGCCCGGCUCUGGUGCACAAGUGGCAGGUGCUGGGGGACACCCUGAGCUGCUGCCAGCGCCUGGUGACACUGCUGGGACACUGUGAGGUGCUGUGCAGGGCCAGGGCCUUCUGCAGCGAGGGACUGACCCUGGCUGGACACCUGCAGGCUGCCCGCUGGUGCUCGUGGUUCCUGGUGCUGCAGGCCCAGCUGGAGCUGCAGCAGGGGGAGCUGGAGCUGAGCCAGUCCCACCUCCAGCACGCCCAGUUCCUGCUGCAGCCGGGCACUGACCCCAAACCCCUUCAGCGCCACCCUCGCCGCCGUGCCCCCAUCCACCUCCAGAAGGGUUUUAUGGCCAGGAGGAUCCCCCAGGACCCCAGACCCGACCCCAAAGCCGACCCCAAAGCCCCCAACCCCACUGAGGAGGACGAGCAGUUCCUGCAGGGCCCCGAGCUGGCCCAGCUGCCCCCGGCCGCGCUCCCGGAGCCCCCGGACGCUCUCACGGCUUCACCCCAACUCCGACCGAGCAGGAAGAAAAUUCUGGAAUUCUUCAGCCACCCCACAAACUGUGGGUGUUCAUUCUGCUCAGACCCGGCCCUGCUGGCCCUGGGGCUGCGCUGGCUGCUGGGCCAGGCCCGGGUGUGGCUGCUGGCCGGGGAGGUGGCCCCGGGGGUGGCCCUGGUGAGGGGGGUGCUGGCCCGGUGUGACAGCGCUGGCACCAGGCUGGAACGGGAGGUUGAUUUUGGGAGUGGGGACAGCUCUGGGAGUGGGGUCAUGGGUCUGCAGGGUGAUUUUGGGACUGGGGACAAUUCUGGGAGUGGGGACAGGGUCAGGGGUCUGCAGGGUGAUUCUGGCAAUGAGGUCAGGGGUCUGCAGGGUGAUUUUGGGGAUGGGGACAAUUCUGGGAGUGGGGUCAGGGGUCUGCAGGGUGAUUUUGGAAUUGGGGACAAUUCUGGGAAUGGGGACAGCUCUAGGAAUAGGGUCAGGGGUCUGCAGGGUGAUUUUGGAAUUGGGGACAAUUCUGGGAUUGGGGACAGCUCUGGGAGUGGGGACAGCUCUGGGAAUAGGGUCAGGGGUCUGUGGGGUGAUUCUGGAAUUGGGGACAGCUCUGGGCACAGGGACACCAUCAGGGAUGGGGACAGGGAUCUGCAGGACCCCUCUGAGAACGGGGACACCAUCAGGAACCCCUCUAGGACCAGGGACACCCUUGGGGACCUUCCUGGGGACAAGAAAAUGCCAGACCCCUCUGGGAAUGGGGACACUUUUGGGGACAGGGAUCAGCUGGUGCUCUCCAGGGAUGGGGACACCCUCCAGGGCCACCCCAGCCACGGUGCCACCUUUAGGGACAGGGCCCUGUCCCCCCCAGGCCCUCUGGCCGAGCUGGUGGCCGCUGCCUUCUCCACCCUGGCCCAGCAGAGCCUGCCCAGUCCCUCCCAGUCCAGCCCAGUUUGGGACCAGGAGCUGGAGCGGGGGCUGACCCUACUGGGCUCCCAAAGUCCCCCCGUGGCCGGCCUGGGGGUGGCCAUGGCCACUCUGCUGCUGGCCAAAGCUGUGUCCACCCUCAGCCACGUGGCCACCACCCUGGGCCGCUCCAUGGAUGAUAUCCUAGCCCAAGCCUGGACCCCAAAACCUCAAAAACCCCAAAAAUCCCCCAAAGCUCCCCCCAAAACCCACAAAGCCCCCAAAACCAAAACAACCAAGACCCCCAAAGUGAAACCCCCAAAAUUUGGGGACGUUUUCACACUGGGGGAUUCAGAGUCUGAGGUGCCCCCCAUCGUGCUGAGGCCUGGGGGGGUCUGUACCCCCCACCCCAAAUCUGGGGUGGCCCCAAAAUCGCUGCUGGGGCUCAGGACCCCGUUCACCAUCUUCAGCGAGGAGCCCUCCCCACCCGGGGGCGGCUCCCGGAUCCGCAGGGCCCCCAAAAUCCCAGCCAGGGUCAAGUCCAGGAUCAGGGUGACUUUCAGUGACAGCGACUCUGAGGAGCCCCAAAUUCCCCCAGAUCCCCCCAAAACCACCCAGAAAAAAUCCUGUGCCCAAAAAUCCCCCGGGAAUUCUCCGGGAAUUGGGGCCCGGCUGCGGCGGGGGCGGCCGAGGAAGGAGCUGGGGACCCCCAAAAAAAGGGAAAAGAGGGAAAAAAUGGGGAACAACCCCGAGGAAAAUCUGGGAAAGAAGGGAAAUGACAUCCCCCAAAGGGCUCUGGAAAAGAGGGGGAAAAGGGGAAACCCCAAAAUGGAAAGUGUGGAAACAGAAAAUCUGGAAAAAAGAAGAAUCCCCCAAACAAAAACUUCAACAAAGAAGGAAAAACCCCAAAAAUCUCUGGAGCAGAAGGAGAACAGAGGCCCCAGGAGGGAGAGGAGGGAGAGGGGAAAAGCCCAAAGUGGAAUUUUGGAGGAAAAGAAGAACUGGGAGUUGGAAUUUGGGGAUUUUGAGGAGAGGGAUCCCCUGAGGGCCGUGGAGGAAGAGGAGGAGGAGGAGGCAGAAAUGAGCUUUGAGCUCCCCCCGCUGCCCCCAGGUGGGGUCAGGGAGGGAAUUCCAGGAGUUGGGGACCAAAGGGAUCCCCCAAAUCCAGAGGGGAUCCCCCAAAGCUCCACCCAGGACGGUGUCCCCUCCCUGCAGGCCGUGCUGUCCCUGCUGCGCCAGGCGCUGGCCUGGCUGUGUCACUGUCCCCCAGGCUCUCUCUAUGCCCAGCUGUGCCAGCUGCUGGCCCUGGCCCUUGGGGACAGGGACCGUGUGGCCACCGCGGGGCUGCUGGCAGAGUCCCUGAGUGUCACCACGCGCCACCAGCUGCUGGCCAUGGUCCAUGGCAGGGCACGGAAGCAGAGGAAAGCGACAGCAGCAGCCAGAGGUGACACCGGAGGUGACACCGGAGGUGACACCGGAGGGGACAUCUCAGAUCAGCUCCAGGGCCUCUCCCUGCAGGAUUCCCAAAAUUCCCAAAAUCCCCAAGAGGAUUCCCAGCACUCCCAGCACUCCCAGUCCCACCUGGCCCAGCUCCAGGAGCUUUUCCAGUUCAGCUCCUCGGGGUUGGGGCCGGAGCAGCGCGAAAAGUUCCAGGAGCAGCUGCAGAGGAUUCCCAGCGGUGUGACCGUGUGCCAGCUGUCCCUGGUCAGUGCCACCCCCGGGGCCGUUGGGGACACGCUGCUGCUGACCCGGCUGGAGCGCGGCUCGGAGCCCCUGAGCGUGCGCAUCGCCACCGAGCGCGGCCAGGCCCCCCUGAGCGGGAUUCUCCGGGAAUUCGAGCAGAUCCAGCGGGAGCAGCGCGAGGCCAACGCCUGCACCGAGCGCCGGGAGUGGUGGGAGCGGAGAUCCCGCCUGGAUCAGCGCAUGCAGAGCCUGAUCCAGAGCCUGGACUCGGAGGUUUUGGGGUGCUGGAGGGGGCUGCUGCUGCCCCAGGACCCCCAGAGCUCCCCCCUGGAGGAGCAGGAACUGUCCCAGCUGCUGCAGGAGCUGCGGGAGUGCGGCUGGGACAGCCCCGAGCCCGCCCUGCUGCGGGCCGUGCUGCCGGCGCUGUCCCCCGCCGCUGUCCCCUCUCUGGCCGUGGCGCUGUGCCCGGCGCGGCCGCUGCGCGCGCGGCUCCUGCUGGACGAGGCCCUGGAGCGGCGCCGGGAGCGGCCGGGGGGCGGCACCGGGACCCUGGUGCUGCUGCUGGACAGGCACCUGCAGCGCCUCCCCUGGGAGAGCACCGGGACCCUGCGGAACGUUCCGGUGACGCGGCUGCCGGGGCUGCGCUUCCUGCUCAGCUACGGCCUGGGACAGCAGGGCUCAGUGCUGCAGCGGGGCGUGGAUCCCUCCCGCGCGUUCUACGUGCUGAACCCGCAGCGCGACCUGGGCGGCACCGAGCAGCGAUUCCGGGCCUGGUUCGAGAGCGAGCCAGGCUGGCUGGGGGUCACCGGCGCGGCCCCGACCCCGCAGCAGCUGCAGGAGGCGCUGGGGGAGCGCGACCUCUACAUUUAUGCCGGUCACGGUGCCGGUGCCCGGCUCCUGGACGGGCUCUCCCUGUCCCGCCUGCGCUGCCGCGCUGUCUCGCUGCUCUUCGGCUGCUCCAGCGCCGCCCUCGCCCCCCGGGGGGGGCUGGAACCCACCGGGACCGUCCUCAAAUUCAUCCUGGCCGGGUGCCCCCUGGUGCUGGGGAACCUUUGGGAUGUCACAGACCGGGACCUGGACCGCCUGGCUGAGGCUCUGCUGCGGGGGUGGCUGGGGGGGGGUCCUGGGACCCCCCUGCUGGCCCAGCUGGCCCAGGCCCGCCAAGCCCCCAGACUCAAAUCGCUCAUUGGAGCCGCCCCCGUGGCCUAUGGGCUGCCAGUGAGUCUGUGCUGAGGGGGGCUGGGACCCCAGACCCACCUGGGCUGAGCUUGGGGGACCCCAGACCCACCUGGGCUGAGCUUGGGGGACCCCCAGACUCACCUGGGCUGAGCUUUGGGGUCCCCUCAGUGCCCCCAGACUCACCUGGGCUGAGCUUUGGGGUCCCCUCAGUGCCCCCAGACUCACCUGGGCUGAGCUUUGGGGAUCCCUUGGUCACCUGUGGGGACCCCAGACUCACCUGGGCUGAGCUUGGGGGACCCCAGACCCACCUGGGCUGAGGGGUUGGGGUCCCUUUGUCACCUUUGGGGACCCCAGACUCACCUGGGCUGAGCUUUGGGGGUCCCUUUGUCACCUCUGGGGACCCCAGACCCACCUGGGCUGAGCUUGGGGGGUCCCUUUGUCAUCUUUGGGGACCCCAGACCCACCUGGGCUGAGCUUGGGAGACCCCAGACCCACCUGGGCUCAGCUUUGGGGACCCCAGACCCACCUGGGCUGAGCUCUGGGGACCCCCAGACCCACCUGGGCUGAGCUUGGGGGACCCCCAGACUCACCUGG